UCUCCUUAUUUCUCUCUGUAAUUUUGCUAAAGUCACAGACUGUGACACAGAGGAACAGAAGAGAGAAAAAUCAUCUGUUCUUUGCUCAUUUUGUGGCGCCAUUCUUUCACCCUUUUCUCUUUUUUCAAACUUCACAUCAGAAAAACCCAUCAAUGGAAGACGGAGGAAGUCCCAUUUCCGGUUCCGGGUCACCCGAAAACACUGCAAGCGGGUCACCCACUCCAAUAAGUGGUGUUGUUGUUUGUGCCCACUCGGAUCCAUCAAACGGGCUCGGAGAACUUUCCGGCGCGGUGGUUCCUCAAGGAAGUACUGGAAGUUCUGACGUUCUGAAGAAGAAAAGAGGAAGACCAAGGAAAUAUGACCUGAAUGGAAAUUUGAAUCCGGCGUAUUCCGCCGGAAAAAAAUUAUCGACGCCUGCAACGACGGUUUUUAAUCCGUCGGGAUUUACUUUUACGACGCCGUUUUCGAGUGAAUGCGGAAUGAAGAGAGGGCGUGGUAGACAUUCUGCUAACUGGCUUCAACCUCCUCCCUUUGGUGGAAUGUUUAUAGACGCACCAAGAUCAGACUUUACUAUUUAUGUCGUACCAGUUCAAAAAGGAGAGGAUAUUAUGGCCAAGAUCCAUGCUGUUGGCCAACAAGCUGGGUCCGGGUCGGGUCCCCGAGGAGUUAGUGUACUGUCUGCUACUGGUACCAUCUCCAAUGUUACCGUCCGACAACCCGGAUCGACUAGUGGACUUCUGACUUAUGAGGGCCGUUUUGAGAUCUUGUGUUUAAGUGGAACAUACACAAUGAAUGAAGCUAAUGGAGUGACAACCACAAACGGUGGCUUGAGCAUUGCAAUCGCAGGUCCAGAUUGCCGUGUGGUUGGUGGCAUCGUUGCUGGUUGGCUUACAGCCGCAGAUCCUAUUCAAAUGCUGCUUGGGACCUUUGUGCCCUUCGGUUCCAAGGCACCAAGGAAGAAGUAUCAGCGCGAAUGCCGAACAACAGCUGCUGCACCGAUCCCUGUGUUUCCUGAUGCAACUCCUACAGAAACACCGAACCAGCAGUCUGUGCCCUUAGACAGUGAAGUGUGCACAUCCGAAGUGUCACAAAGGCCUGCACAAAGUCAUAUUGAGGAAGACGACAGCAUAGGAAAUGGGCACAACCUUACUGGAUCGCAGCAAUCACUGCAACAGAGGUUUUACCCUGAUAUCAAUGAGUCGGCUCCUGAUGUAUAACGUUUUUAGUCUCGUUUAGAGUGGAUUUAGUCGCUUCCCUUUCAUGAGGGAACACAGUCUUAUAGACAUUUUUGAGGAUUAUGGUAAUAGGUUUUAGAAAAGGAUUAAAGUCGGGUUGAAUCAUAGAAUACAGUGGUAAGUUAUGGCUAUGGAGUGUUGUUUCUUUGUAGAAAUAAGUUAUAUAAACUUCACAUCGACAUUAUAGUUAUUGUAGCAAAAAGUGAAUGAUUUAUCUAUUUUGAUUCAGUAUUUACCAAAA